GACAGCUGGCGGGAAAUGUUAUUUUUUUUCAAAACAAACCUCAAACAAAGCCAUUUAUUAAAGAUACAUCUUUAUAUUAAUACCUGGGACAAUAAUUUGAGAAAUAAAUAAACUAGUAACAAUGGAUAAUAUUCGAGAUUUUGUCAAUGGUGUCCAGUUAGUUCGUUUCGUUAACAAACCUGUAUGUAUGAUGGGUAAAGUAACAUCAGUCUCUCCUAAUGGAAUGAAUUUUGAAAUUAAGUCUGUUGAUGAUGUAGCUGUUAAAGUUAAUGUUAAAGAACCUAUAAAUACUCCUUUAACAGAUCAUUGGGUGGAGGUUCGUGGUAUAUCUGCAGGGAAAUCGAUAAAUGCAGAUGAUUACACCAUAUUCUCAAACAAAGAUUUUGAUGUUAAAUCACAUAACUACUUGUGUUCGUUGCUUUAUUCUGUUCCAAAUAUUUAUCAAACUGAGGCUAAAAGUUCUGAUGAGGGCAACUAAUAAAAGAAGUUGAAGAUCUUAAGGUUUGCCAAAUUAUGUUCUAACAAGUUUUGUAUCUAUAUUAUUGCUUUCAUGAAGCAUUCUUUUAGAUAAUUGUGAUGUGAUUUCUUUUGAUAAUAAAUUAUAUUAAUAGUCAUGCUUUUGGUAA